AUGGGAGACGACGCUCGAGAGAGUAAGCGACAAGCUCGGAGAAGAGAGUCGAGAUCCAUGGAAGAAACCAAGGCUACAAAUCUUGAUCGGGAAAGGAGUGAACCCAAAACGGCAUCUGACGAGAGAACCCCAAGUGACUAUCCAGUUCGUCCAGGUCAAAGUAGUUGUAGGAGUUAUCUACACAGUGGUCUCUGUGUCCGUGGAAGCAAUUGUCUUUUCAAUCAUCCUCGUUGUAAGUUCUUUCUGAGAGGAUUUUGUAAGGACGGCUCGGCUUGUAAAUUUCUUCACGCAAGGGACAAGGAGGCUCCUAUGCGUCAAGCACUUUCAUCAAAUGAGAAAAAAAAUUCCCCAAAGGAAAUGGAUGGUGAAGAACCUAUGCGUCAGAGUUCGAGAAGGCAGGAAACAGAGUCAGACUACGGGCAAGAGGAGAAGGAAACUAAGGAUUGGGUGUUCAAUAUAGAGAAGAAGUAUAACCUAAGCCUAAGUCAAAUAUGUGAUGGUAUAGUGGCUGGUUACAAGCGAGCCAAGAUGGAGAAGGAACUGAAACAGAUAGAGAAGACUGAGUGGCAGAGGAGAGAGGCUCAACGGAAUGUGAAGGAACAUAGACAGAGAGAGGGGCAGAGGAGAGAGGCUCAAGAGAAUGUGCAGGAACAUAGACAGAAAGAGACCAGUGGGUGUCAGAGAUAUUCUGAGAAGAAAAGGAGAGAGGCUCAAGAGAAUACGCAGGAACGAAGAUUUGUGGAGAUACCAGGGAAUCACAAGGUAGAUGCACAUGGUCAAGAGUACAAUCUGCAAGUAAGGAGAAAGAGAGAGAGCAUUGAGUGGCAGACGAGAGAAGCUCAAGAGAUGGGAAGGAGAAAGUCUAAAGCGUUUUCUGAGGAACAGAGAGUAAAGGACAAGAUUGACGAAAAGAGACAGGGAGAUGUGGAGAAGCUGGAGAUAGAGGCUGAAGAGAUUUCUGACGAACAAAGAUUGAAGGUAGAAAAAAACGGAGGGAGGCUAGUUUGA